AUGUCCGACUGGUGGACUCAGCCCUCAACACCCGCGCGUGCCAGCGCCUUCGCGUCGCCCGCGCGUGCAUCGACCAGCCGCGCCCGCUUUGUUGCGGACGACCCCGACCCGUCCGCCGACGCACCCAAGUUCCUCCCCUCCUUCGUUGGCAGCCCGGCUGGCAAGCUCGCCUUGGGCACGUCCCCCGCCAGCGUGUCGAGCCCGCCUGCGCCCAAGCGCAGCCCAACUGCCCGCUUCUCUGUCAGCAUGGCUGAUAGCGCAUCCUCUCCUCACCUCAGCCGCAGUGUUCGCGCACCUGCCACAGAAGACGAUAUUCCCACCAGGUCCCUCCACGACGAGCCCGUGCGGCCUGCAUCGGCAGUAGCGCAGGCCCCCGACGUGCCACCAGCUCUCGAGCCCAGUCCCGACACUAACACGCUGCAUGUUUGGGGUCCGCCACCCGAGCACCUCCCCGCCCUGCGCGCCUACCUUGAAGGUAUUGGCCCCGUAGUGUCCUACGUCCCAGGACCAGAAGGAAGUAACUGGUGGACCGUGACGUACGCGACCCCACUGGCGGCCAGUUACGCGCUGCGCCGCCACGGGGAGAUUGUGAGCGGGCGUUGGAUGCUCGGGUUCAAGGUUGCGGGUCCUGGAAGCACCCAAGGCCUCACCCUUGUAAAUGGCAUCUCGUCAGCCGUCGCGCCGUCCGUAGGGGUCGGUAUCCCGAUCCAAGUUCACACGGGUAACAUUAUCCGCGCAAAACCCAAGCCUCAGGCGCAAACGGACGACUACGCGUGGGACGAGUCGGAGCCCCAGCCGUCUGGCUUACUGGGCCGUGCCGCCGAGUUUAUCUUCGGCCGCUAG